GUCACCUUUCUUUGUAUCCGCUAAUCAUGUUUUGCUUUGGGCGGGCUCGACGCACAACAUACCAUUAGAAAAAUAAAUCGUGAGUGGAAGUGUUUGACAUGAGGAUAAAGGCAACUGUCAGUCUGAGACGGGAACAGAUUCACGAAGACGGAUAACUGUACAAGCAAGUCAACAAAGGACGUAUUUGUCAGAUCUCCGAAUCUGAUUUUGGAUAUUGUCGCGGCUGUCCCAUUUCCAAACGGAAACCACAGCUAGCUUAUGUUCUGGACAGCAAGCACGCGCUAGCUAGUUAGCUUAUUCUCUAUUGUAGGACACGUUUCAUCAUUUAAAAUACAAAACUGAAUGUUGUUUCAGUCAUGAGUCCGGCAGGGUGCUCACAUGUGAACGCUUAUAAGGUGGACAAUUGGAGGCAAAACCUACGAGUCAUAUAUCAAUGCUUUGUUUGGAGCGGGAAUGCUGAAACCAGGAGACGAAAGGCCAAGGCGUGUAUCUGUCACAUGUGCGGCGCCCACCUGAACCGGCUCCACUCCUGCCUGUCCUGUGUCUUCUUUGGCUGCUUCACCAAGAAACACAUCCACGAGCACGCCAAAAACAAACGGCACAACCUAGCAAUAGACUUAUUAUAUGGUGGAAUAUAUUGUUUUGUGUGUCAAGACUACAUAUACGACAAAGAGAUGGAACAGAUUGCCAAAGAAGAACAGAGGAAAGCCUGGAAAUUGCAAGGUGUAGGGGAGAAAUACUCGACGUGGGAGCCUACGAAGCGAGAGCUGGAGUUACUACGGCACAAUCCAAAGCGAAGGAAAAUCACUACAAACUGCACCAUUGGUUUACGAGGGUUGAUCAACCUGGGCAACACGUGCUUCAUGAACUGCAUCGUCCAGGCCCUCACCCACACACCCCUGCUGCGGGACUUCUUCCUGUCCGACAGGCACAAGUGUGAGAUGCAGUCCAACUCCUGUCUGGUGUGUGAGAUGUCACAACUCUUUCAGGAGUUCUACUCGGGCCACCGUUGGCCCCACAUUCCCUUCCGGCUGCUGCACCUGGUGUGGACUCACGCACGUCACCUAGCGGGCUACGAGCAACAGGAUGCCCAUGAGUUCCUCAUCGCAGCGCUGGACGUGCUGCACCGGCACUGCAAAGGAGACACCACCCGAGAUGACAACGGGAAGAAGGCCAACAAUCCGAACCACUGUAGCUGCAUCAUUGACCAAAUUUUCACCGGCGGCCUCCAAUCAGAUGUCACCUGUCAAGUCUGCCACGGUGUGUCCACCACAAUAGACCCAUUCUGGGACAUCAGUCUGGACCUGCCGGGCUCGUCCACUCCCUUCUGGCCCCUCAGCCCCGGGGGAGACGGCUCAACGGUCAAUGGAGAGAGCCACCUCUCAGGGGCCACCACGCUCACAGACUGUCUACGCAGGUUCACUCGGCCUGAGCAUCUAGGAAGCAGUGCCAAAAUCAAAUGUGGUGGUUGCCAUAGUUACCAGGAGUCCACCAAACAGCUGACGAUGAAGAAGCUCCCCAUCGUGGCGUGUUUCCAUCUCAAACGGUUUGAACACUCUGCAAAACUGAGGAGGAAGAUCACCACAUAUGUCUCCUUCCCUCUAGAGCUGGACAUGACACCUUUCAUAGCUUCCAGUAAAGAGAGCAGAGUGAAUGGCCACUAUCAACAGACAGUAGAAGUGUUAAACAACGACAAUAAGUAUUCUCUGUUUAACUCUCCACUGUCCCUGUGUGUGUUGUGGUGGACCAGGUAUUCUCUGUUUAACUCUCCACUGUCCCUGUGUGUGUUGUGGUGGACCAGGUAUUAUCUGUUUAACUCUCCACUGUCCCUGUGUGUGUUGUGGUGGACCAGGUAUUCUCUGUUUAACUCUCCACUGUCCCUGUGUGUGUUGUGGUGGACCAGGUAUUCUCUGUUUAACUCUCCACUGUCCCUGUGUGUGUUGUGGUGGACCAGGUAUUCUCUGUUUAACUCUCCACUGUCCCUGUGUGUGUUGUGGUGGACCAGGUAUUCUCUGUUUAACUCUCCACUGUCUCUGUGUGUGUUGUGGUGGACCAGGUAUUCUCUGUUUAACUCUCCACUGUCCCUGUGUGUGUUGUGGUGGACCAGGUAUUCUCUGUUUAACUCUCCACUGUCUCUGUGUGUGUUGUGGUGGACCAGGUAUUCUCUGUUUAACUCUCCACUGUCUCUGUGUGUGUUGUGGUGGACCAGGUAUUCUCUGUUUAACUCUCCACUGUCUCUGUGUGUGUUGUGGUGGACCAGGUAUUCUCUGUUUGCGGUGGUGAACCACCAGGGCACCCUGGAGAGCGGCCACUACACCAGCUUCAUCCGCCAACACAAGGACCAGUGGUUCAAGUGUGACGACGCCAUCAUCACAAAGGCCAGCAUCAAGGACGUGCUGGACAGUGAAGGGUAUCUUCUAUUCUAUCACAAGCAGUUCCUGGAAUAUGAGUAGCCUUACCUUGGAGACCGCUGACUCUGCGGAGAACCAACCCAACGCUCAAAGAGAUGAGAGGAACCAACCAAUGACUGGGGAACAGAGGAUGAUAAAACACGAACACACAGAGAGUCUAACAUAAACAAUGACUAAUAAAUAGUGAAAAUUCAUGCAAAACUUGUGUUUAAAAACA